GGCGGAGAUUGCAGCUGUUUGACUGGGGCUUUCUGCGACAAGCAGGACGAGUCUGCUGACGGCCAGGGCCAUGACCUCCGUGGCCCUCCUGCCGCUGCUGUUCGGCUUUGUGGGCAUCUUCAGCCUCUUCAAGCUGCUGCGGUGCCUGCGGAUGAAGGCCCAUGUCCAGGGUGCUGUGGUGGUCAUCACUGGCGCCACCUCGGGACUGGGGCGAGAAUGCGCCAAAGUCUUCUUCGCCGCAGGUGCUAAGCUGGUGCUCUGUGGCCGGAACAGGGAGGCCCUGGAAGAGCUCACCAGAGAACUCGCUGCUUCUCAGGCCGCCAAGGUGCAGACACACAAACCUUUCACGGUGACCUUCGACCUCACAGACCCUGGGGCCCUCGUUGCAGCAACAGCUGAGAUCCUGCAGUGCUUCGGCUACGUGGACGUGCUCAUCAACAACGCUGGGGUCAGCUACCGCGGCGCCAUCAUAGACACCUCCACGGACGUGGACAAGAGAGUCAUGGAGACAAACUACUUUGGCCCAGUAGCUCUAACGAAAGCACUCCUGCCCGCCAUGAUCCACAGGCGACAGGGCCACAUCGUAGCCAUCAGCAGCAUCCAGGGCAAAAUCAGCAUUCCUUUCCGAUCUGCAUAUGCCGCCUCUAAACACGCGACCCAGGCGUUCUUUGACUGUCUGCGUGCCGAGAUGGAGCAGCACGAGAUCCAGGUGACCGUCAUCAGCCCCGGCUACAUCCACACCAACCUCUCUCUCAAUGCCAUCACUGCCGACGGCUCCAGAUAUGGAGUUAUGGACAAGACCACGGCCCACGGCCGAACGCCUGUGGAGGUGGCCCAAGAGGUUCUGGCUGCUGUGUUGAAGAAAAAGAAAGACGUGAUCCUGGCUGACCUAUUGCCUUCCUUGGCCAUAUAUCUGCGAACUCUGGCUCCUGACCUCUUCUUCAGCCUCAUGGCCUCCCGGGCCAGAAAGGAGCAGAAAUCCAAGAACUCCUAGUUCCAUGCAGAGCUGGGUAUUUGUCUCACAGAUGGGAAAGAUCAAGGUACAUGUGUCCUACAGAUGCCUAGACCCCUGCUGGCUGAGAAUGGGAAACAAAAAAGGUGUCUUCCCAGCAGUGCAGGGUAAUAACCCUUAAGGAGUCAAUGUGGAGCUGGGUUUUAAUGCUGAGAAUAUGAAAUAAAGGAAUGGAACACUAAGAGUCAUAGUCCUUAUGGACUAGAACAACUAUGCCUCCUUGGAAUUCUAGCCUCCACCGGCUCCUAGAAAGGUUUUCAAUCAGGACAUCAGAAGACAGCCUGACAUCACCUUGACCCAGUUGUUUUCAUGUUUCACUGACCCAAGGUCACUUGCCUAAUUGGUCUGGCAGAGUCUGCUUCUAGUAGUAAAAGGAAAAGGCUAUAGUUUAAGGUGGCAUUAUUCAUAUCCAUUCCCAGGAUCCUACAAUAUCUCAUUCAGCACAGCAAAGGGCUAACAUGUGAUCAUAUGACAUAUCCCGGGUGAUGAUGGCUUUAGUACCAAAAAGCAAUUCCCAGGUUCCCUGUUGACUCCCACCCAAAGCUUAUAGGGCCAGGCACCACUCCAGGCAGAAGGUGAACUUCCUAAGGAGAUGAGAGCCAAGAGGGGAAGGAACGUCCCCAUGGUCCCGUGUGUCCUCUAGUGUGAGACUCAGAAGCCCCGUGCAGUGGGGAGGGCUCGACAGCUGCGCCUGCCCCCGAAAGCAGCCUGUGUGUUAGCUGUGACAGUGGCAGAGGGGCCGGGAAGGGUGCCCGUGUCCGCCUUUCCACCUUGUUAACAAUAUAUGGU